GCCGCUUUGCAAGGGUGGCAUUGCUAUCGGGCUAGUGAUCGGUGCCGCUUCGCGCAGUGCUUUCUUCGAUUUUCCGCAAAAUUUAUGUUUUCUUAGGCAGUUUUUGAUACCUUUUGCACCCUUUUUCACUCUGCCAGUGGUCAUUGAAAUUUUUCUGAACCAAUCCUUCUCUAUACUCAACUCAUUCUCAAAAUGACCAGGUCCAAAAUUGAGCUGGGAGACGUGACUCAGCACAACAUAAGACAGCUGAAGAAGUUGAAUCAGGUUGUUUUCCCUGUUUCGUACAAUGACAAAUUUUACAAGGAUGUGCUCGAGGCUGGAGAGCUCGCCAAGUUAGCAUAUUACAAUGACAUCGUAGUGGGCGCCGUGUGCUGUCGCAUAGAUCUGUCUGAAAAUUCGAGACGCCUCUACAUCAUGACCCUCGGCUGUCUGAAGCAGUACCGGAGACUUGGCAUUGGCACCAAGAUGGUUGAGCACAUUCUAAAUUAUGUACAAACCGACGGUAGCUUUGACAGCAUUUUCUUGCAUGUGCAGGUAAAUAAUGCCAGCGCUAUUGAAUUCUACAAGAAAUUUGGUUUUGAAAUUGUCGAAACCAAAGAGCACUACUACAAGCGCAUCGAGCCUGCCGACGCUCAUGUACUGCAAAAAACGCUGAGACAAGCCAACGGACUUCCACACGCUGCCAAGUCUGAUUCUGCUUCGGAUGUCAAAAGUGAAACCACUCAAUAGAUGUUUUAUGGACAUAAUAUGAUCAAUCUGGUUGCGACACAAGAAUACUUUUGAGUUGUGAAUACUCGAUCAAUUUUCAAAGCUUUCAAAUUCAUUAAUUGUUUUUGUAAUUAAACCUGAUGCAAGGAGGCAAUUGUGGUCGUUCUGUUUCGGUCAAAAUUAUAAUGUUCUUUUAUUGAGAUGUAAAUGUAUCAACCGCUAUGUUUUGACUUGAAUCCCAAGAGAAUCUUUCAAUUUUGAUUAAUGUAAUUUUUAUUCAUACGACAACUGUGAUAUCAUCUCAUUAAAUAAAACACUUCACCAAUCCUACUAUUAA